AUCACUUAAUGUUCUUUAGUUAGAUUCACUCCUCAGCUUUUGCCUAGCGUGUAGUUGUUUUUGCUACACGCAGAGAAUGAGUCAAGCAGCUGACAAUGACGGACAGGCUAUCCUAGAGGGGGAGCCGGAGCACGUGAGUGUGCACACGGAAGCUUCAAGCUUCACGCUGCAGCAGGCAUCCGAGCAGGCAGCCCUGGGCGCGGGCCCUGUUCCUGAAGCCAUCCCUAUUAUUCAGCCGCAGUUCGCGGCUAACUUCAUGAACUUCCUCCAGCAGAUGGCUGGAGCAUACGUACCACCACCGCCGCCGCCGCCGCCACCAGCGGCGGUGGUCACCAUCAAGAAGCUCCGGAAGAACGGAGCUGAGGAAUUUCUGGGCGAUCAGAUCGCUGACCCCAUGAUUGCUAAACGGUGUGACAUCAACGCGUUGUAUAAAAAUGCAUUGGAUUUGAAUGCGGCCCUCGUCAAGAAGGCUGAGUUUGAGCAGACGCAGGGGGCGUCAGCGGCAACAUCUCGUCCUCCUCCACCCCAGAAGGCGGGGACCAGCAGCAAGAGGUCCUUCGCAGUGCCUAGCAGCUCUCACCAGAGCAAAAAGGUGAAGUCGGCCCCAGCCCAGUCAUUUGCGUCCGUUCAGAAGAAGGGCAAAAGCGGUGAUGGGUUUCGCAACCCGAUUUGCGACCAUUGUGGGCGUAGGCAUCCAGGAGAGUGCUGGUUCACGCAGGGCCUAUGCCUUGGGUGUGGCCAGGCCGGGCAUUUCCGCAGAGAUUGCCCGAAGAAUCCGGGUGAGGCAUUCUCGGAGGACUUAGACAACCCAGUAAUUGUGUCCAACUCGUUGGGACACGGUUUACGACUCACCCAUGUGUAUCACGAUUGUCCAUUAGUGGUCCAGGGGAAGACUUUCCCUGCAAGUCUCAUUGACCUUCCACAUCGUGAGUUUGACGUUAUUUUAGGCAUGGAUUGGCUCACUGCCAACCAAGCCGUUGUUGACUGUGGAGCGCAUACUAUUCGACUGAGAGCCGAAGACGGCAGUGACGUUCUGAUCCGUGGUGAGCUUCUUCCGAAAGCUCCAGAAUUUAUUUCCUACAUUCAUGCUCGCCGACUCAUUCGCAAGAAGUGCGAAGCAUUCUUGUGCACAGUGCGUGACACUCGUCAGGAGGCACCUAGUAGGGAGGACAUCCCUACGCCUACAUUACAGCAGCAGAUAACAUCGGCCCAAAGCAGCGAUGAUUUCUGCAUCCAGACCAUUGAGCUCGUCUCUCGAGCAGAGAAGCUAGAUUUCACAGUUCGGGAUGCUGAUACGGUCACACUCGAUGAAAAUCUCACGUAUGAGGAGGAGCCGGUUGAGAUUCUGGCUCGCGAGGUUCGUCAGUUGAGGAACAAGACCAUUCCGCUGGUCAAGGGACAAUAUAAAAUAUUGUCAUCUUUGCCAUUCUUGGUCAAAGCCAGUGCUACUAUUAAACCCAGACCAAACCGGCUGAUUGGACCAGCUGGUGGGUUUGCCCAUAAACCCGUAUUUAGCCAGUUCUAUAGUGCUGGAAAUCCAACUGGGAAUCUUCUGGCUGGACUGGAUCCUCCAAGAAGAGGAAAAGCAUCGAUUGGUCAACUUCCAGACGACAUCUUAAUUGACAUUCUCAGUAGGCUUCCUGCAGACACUGUUUUACGAUGUCGCACAGUGUGUCCGGACUGGAGAAGUUUGACAUUGUCGCGUUAUUUCACCUGGGUGCAAGCCAAAAGAGCUCCUUCUGUUGUCAUUGUGCAAGUGUUGGUAUUCGAGAUCGACUCGCGAAAACUCUACGCUUUGCCACACCCAGAAGUUGAAUGUGUUGAUGGGCAAGUGGAUAGUCAUAAGCUCAUGACUUUGUUUGUUCAUGAUGGACACUUGGGCAUGUGCCAUGCACGUGACCUAGGAGUGGGACGUUUCGACAUAUGGAUUCUGGAGGAUUAUGCGAAAUGGCGUUGGGUUCGAAAGGCCAGGUUUACUCUUCGAAAGCCGAGGUUUGGCCUUGAUACUAUGAGGGAUAUGCUAGUGGGUGGUUGUUUCAUGGUUUUGAGUGUCGGAAAGGACGAGUUGUUUAUAGGUUGGUUUUCACGUUUGUUAUUGGUUGUCAAUGUGAAGGAGCAAAGUAUUAAAGAAAUUAAAGUGCCACAUAAAUUGAAGUCGGCCAAUAUUCGUCGUUGUGCUGCUUACACCAGUAGUCUCGUGACUCCUCAUCAUGGUUGGUUAGGUUAAUUAGGACCUCAUGCCAAAUCUGCAACACUUUCAAAGGCAACUAGUUCCAAAUGCAUGUUCUUUAUUACUAAAUUUUCAUUAUUAAUUAUUAUAAGUAAUUACCAAUAUCUGGCCAUCAUUUUCUCUCUCCCUUCCCCUCCUUUUUCUUAUUCUUCUUCUUUCCGAUUAGAUCUACAUGCGGUGAUUCGAUAUCAUCUUCUUGUAGAUCUACGGUUAAGGGAGGGUUUUGAUUUACUUGCAGAUACGGAGGAAGCUGGGGCGGUGGGGUAUUUUGGGCAAUCUAAUCCAUUAGUCAACUUCCACUAAAAAUGAGCAAAAGUCAAACCGGGAACUUAAAAUCCGGACGAAGGGAGUAUAAUUUAACACUUUUUUAUCUUUGCUCUAAAUCAAAAUGAGAAGUCUUUUUUCAAACAGAUGAAGUAAUAAUAACGGGUUUUCUCCAUUACCCUUGAAAAUCAGUGGGCAUGCAUGCCCCUCCACUCAAGAUUUGACAUGUGGACUAAUAUCAAUUUUGCUUUUUGUAGUUCAACACUUCAAUAAUACAAUAAUUUAGUGAAAGGCUGUUACACGAACGUGGGUCUCGCAGAUGUAGGAGAAAUUACUCCGAACUACACAAACAUUUUAUGUGUUAUUUAUUGUUUUUCCAGUUAUAAUUCUUACUCGUGACACAUAAGAUGUUAAAGCACACUCUAAGUCACUUUUCACAAUAAUCUGUGCUAAAACUA